AUGAACAGGUGUAAAAUAUUGGCUUUCACGUUGGUUACAGUCACCAUUAUUUACAUUUCAUCCAUAUGGAUUAGAAACCGAUUACAUAAUAGUUUCGGUGAUCGGAAUGAGGGCGAUGAUCAUUUAGAUCACGAACAGAUUAUGUGGAAAUUACAGAAUACACAAUACGAUUUUAUUAUAGUUGGAGGCGGUACAGCUGGUUCAAUUAUUGUUCGAAAAUUAUGGGAUGGAUUUCAAAAAAUCCAAUGUAACUCACCAGAGAAGACUAGUUCACGUUCAUCAUUGGGAGUGACUGUCAAUCAAAAACUGUACGGUAUCAGGGCUAAUAAGAAUACGUGUAAAAUUGCCUGCUCCAAUUAUCGACCGAAAAUUUUGUUACUCGAAUCUGGACCAAAAAUCAGUUGGUUAACGAAGACAAUCAGUGAUAUACCCCUUCUUUCUCCAUUAUUGUAUGGGCAAGGAAUUGAUGUUGUUGAUCAAACUACGUCUCAAAUAUCAUCUGCCUUAAAGUUAAAAGAAAAUGUGAUUCUUAUACCGCGUGGGCAUGUUUUGGGCGGUACUGCACUACUCAAUGCAAUGAUAUUCUCUUAUGGUCAUCCAAACGAUGAACUAUUGAACGGAUUUCUACAUACAAAUAAAGAAUUUCUAUCUGAAUUAUUCGAUCAUAAAACGGGAGAAUGCAAUCUGAAACCUGAAACGGUUCAACAUUUACCAUAUAAUCAAUUAAUUCAUGAAUAUUUUACAAAAGCUUUUGAAUUACAAGGAUUAAAAGUGAAUUUCAGUCAAACAGGUCAUUCAUUUGAAGGUUUGACUAUUCCAAUGGUUUUUGUUCGUAAUGCUCAACGUAUGAGUUCAUAUAGUGAAUGCCUUCUACCUUUGAUCAAAAGGAAGUUCAUUGAUUUAACAAUUGCCACUGAAAUACAGGUUGAAAAGAUACUCUUCAAGAAAAGAAAUCAAGAAGAUUUAUCCGCGUAUGGGGUGUUAGUCAACUAUAAAAAUUAUUCUUUUACAAUAAAAUUAAAAUCUAAUUCAAUUAAAGAUCAACAAAUUUGGCCAAAGUCUGAAAUCCUGCUUAGCGCUGGCACAAUUAAAACCCCAGAGAUUUUAUUGCGUUCCGGUUUGGGGCCGAGUCAUCAUUAUCCUACUUCUAAACAAGAGCAUAAUCAUAUCAAUUUGCCAGUAGGUGAAAAUCUUCACGAUCAUCCAAUGAUUGGUUUAAUAUGCUCAGUUAUAAAUGGUACAACAAUAACUGCAAAAAGUUUAUCCUUAUUAGAAUUAUUCAAAUAUUAUUGGCAAGGCAAAGGUUUACUUUCACAAGCAUCAGCAUUGACUUCAAUUGGUUAUUACCGGACAAGUUAUCAAAAAUUAGAAAAUGAUUCUCGACCAGAUAUACAAUAUACAAUUAUUUCAGCUUCACCAUUUGAAAAGGAUACUUUUGAAAAUUUAGGCAACUUUAAUCCAUCUACUUGGUAUCAAUACAUGAGAGAUGAAAAUUCCAGGGAUUUUGAAAAUCCUAUAGUUUUAUUGGUCAGUUUACUGAAUCCGCGUUCAAGAGGAACGAUCACGAUGAAAUACGAUGAUAAUGGUCAACCUACUGGAAAUUUGGGAAUUAAUCCAUCGUAUCUUAGUGAAAACACUGAUGUUGAUCGAUUAGUAGAAGGGAUUAUUUGGAUUUACAAAACUAUGAACUACAUCAAUGAGAGGAUGGUAGAAAUUUCCCAAAGAGAAAUAAAUAAAGAACAACGAAUUGUCAUAAAACUUCAUCUACCCCAUUUUUCCGGAUGUCCUAAAAUUCCAAAAGCUGAAAGUGUACAUCAUUUUGACCAAGUUGAAUUUGUUGAGAAAUUGAAAAUCGCCAUUGAAUGUUUGACUAAAUCAAUAACGUUAUCUAACUACCAUUUGGUUGGAACAUGUUCUAUGAAAUUACCUGGUAGAAAUAAUUCGGCUGUUGUAGACAAGAACCUCAAAAUCAUUGGAGUGAACAAUGUUCGUAUUGGUGAUGCAUCGGUUAUUUCGAAAAUUCCAACUGGUAAUCCAGCUGCACUUAUAAUGGCUAUUGGCAAUCAGUUAGCUAAAUAUAUAAUACAUGAAAAUUGGGAACAAUUGUCAUUGAUGAUGAAUUGAAAAGUCACUCACUCACUCUCUCUUUCUAUGGAAAAAUUAGAAUUCAAGCCUUUGGAAAAACGCUUUAGAACUUAAUAUUCUCAGUUUCGUAGAGAAAUAAGCUAAUCAAUGCAUUAAAACAUGAAAACCAUUUUCAAAUAAAAAAACACACCUAAAUGUAAAUGCAUGUACACCUGUUCUGAAUACAAACUUAUAUACAUCUAUAUAAAACCUUAAACAAGCAAAUUAUUAGCAUACUAAAU